CCACUCUCCAGAAAGAUGUGCUCUCACGAGUCUUGCCACAGCCACGAAACCUCCUGCCACGGAUCCCACUCCUCCUGCCAUGACUCGGGGCCCUCCUGCCAUUCCACCAUCCAGAAGCAGCCUGUGCAGAAGUGCAACUACGUGACGCCCUGCUGCCCCCCCGUGAAGACCUAUUGCCCCCCUGUGAAGACCUAUUGCCCCCCUGUGCAGCCCUGCUGCCCCCCCGUGAAGACCUAUUGCCCCCCCUACACCAAGAACAUCUGCAAGCUGCCGUCGACAUACCCCAAGUACUAG